AUGAAUGUCGAUGAAUUAGAGGAAGGUGAACAUGAAGAACAAGAUUAUAAUCCAGCUGUUGUAGUUGUCAAUUUACAACAACAACAGAUUGGUGGAAGUAAUAAAGUUGAUAGUUCACCAUUCGAUAAACUUUCAUUUGAUAAUAUAUUUAAAGUAUAUCUAGAUAAUAAAGAUCAAUCCACUAUUUUAUUAGAACAAAAGUUAAAGGACAAUAAAACAACAUCAUCACCAACGGCAAUAGAGACCUAUAGAUUACAAUUUAAUAGAUUACUUUAUAUAUUGAAUCAACAUGAUAAUAUAGAUGAAUCAAUUGAUUUUAUCUUAUUAUUCUAUAGUAUUGCUAUUAAUAACAUCAACAAUAAUAAUAAUAAUGAUCAUGAAAAACUAGAUGAUUUAUAUAAAUUGUUUAAUAAUAAUGUUCAUCUUUGGUUUGAUAGACCACCACAAUCAACUGAGAGAAUGGAAUCAAUUAUACAUAUAUCAAAUAUCAUUGAAAAGAAUGAUAAACAUAUUGAUUUACUAUAUAUAAUACUUAUUCCAUUACUAUGGGAGCAAUCAGAUAGAUUAAUUAAUAAUAUAAUAAGAUAUAUAGGAUCAUUAGUAUCAUUCUCUAUCAGUAUGGAGUUUUAUAAGAUAUUAGAGUAUAUCGAUUUAUUCCAACAAUCAUUGAAACCACAUUAUAAACCAAAUGUAAUAUCAUUACCUAAUAAUAAUGAUAAUGAUAAUAAUGAUGAUAAUAUUGAUAAUGAUAACAAUUAUAUAUUACCAACAACACUCAAUCAACUUUUUGAUAGUCAACAAAGAUGUUCAGACAACAGUAACAAUCAAGUGAAUUGGUCGAAUGAAAAUGCAUGGUCAUUCAUGUUCUACUUAACCAACCAAUUGUUAAUAGAUCAUCUCAUACUGUUUGAGUCGAAUUCAUUCGAGCAACUACCACGUAAUUCCUAUAGAUUCAGUUCAUCACUAUUAAAGAUAAUAUUAUCUUAUUAUUUAAAUCCUUUAAAUACUGUUGAUAUUCCAAAUUCAGAGACUAUCAUACCAAAGUUGAUAUCUAUGGUUAUCAAUCAUUGGAUUAUAUCACGACCAUUGAUAAUCGUUGAAAUACCAAGUGGAAUAGAUAUGAAUAUGAAUAGUGACAACAAGAACAACAACAACAACAACAACAUCACAACCAUAUUACAACUGAUAGUUAGAAUUUGUAUAUUUGGAAGUUCGUUUCAACAUUUCGAUUUAAUAAGUGGGCACAUCGAUAGAAUUCAUUCUACUCUAUUGAAUCUAUUAUACAAAUUAGAUAAUAAUAUUAAUAAUAACAAUGAUAGUAAUAAUAAUAAUCGUAAUGAUAAUUAUACAAAACUAAAAGAUAUAAUCAAAUCAAAUUUAUCAAUAGAUUUCUUUUUGAAUUGUAUUGAUCAUAUAAAUAAUAGUAAUAAUAACAAAGAAUCAGUUUUAUAUAUGACAAAUAGACUUGCUCAGAUCAUACAACUACUAUGUCAAUUGAAAGAGAACGAAGAAAAUGAUGACAAUAAUAAUAUGAAAUUAAAGGAAUCACUAACAAAGCUAUCAGUUAAAACACCUCUAAUUUCAAUGAUAUUAAAGAAAUAA